GAGGCUGCGUCGCAACGCGCGCGCGCGUACCCGGCCGCUUCGUCAUUGCGACGGAGGCUGUCGUGUGUCGGCGCUGGCCCGUGCGAGCGCUCGUCCCGCACCGCACCGCAUCGCGCUGUGUCACCUGAGCCGCGUCCCGCCGCGCCGCGUACACGCCCUCGUGCUAGGCUGUGCUGAUCCUCUCUCAUUACCCGCUAAACGCUUCUGCCGGUGUCCUCGCGGUUCGCGCAGUGCUUGUGCCGCUAGUCGGUAGCUCAGUGACCACGUUCCCCGGGACCGGCGAUUGUGGCGCGAUGUAAAGAAGUUGCGACCGUGAAUCCAUGUGUAAGUGGGCGCAGGGCGGUGAGCGGAGGCGCGCGCGGCGGAGAUGGCCGCGCCGACCAGCUGAUAGCAUGCGGGCGGCGGCGCGCCGGCCCGCCCCGACCUAGCCGAACGCACCACGACCGCCUCAUACACGGGAAUCGGUGACAGCACUGGAGAUGGCUCAGCCGAGGACCAAAUAUUUUGCUCGCAGUGUCGAUGCCCUAUCUAUGGGCGCGCUGGAGGGGGGCGCGUUGGGCGGCGGCGGCGGCGGUGCGCUGAGCGCGCUGCGUACGGCCGGCUCGCCGCCCGCGCCCAGCCUCGGCGCCAGCCGGCACAGCCUCAUUGAAAUGAUGACGUGUCGACUGGGCUCGCGGCGGCUGGGAGGCUCCCGGGGCUCCUUGCAGACCGGGCCCGGGUGCACCGCCGCCAGCGAGCUGGACCUCUCCACGCGCUCGAGACGCGCGCACAAGGCCAGAUUAAAAUUGCUGGGCGCUAGCGAGGCGCCGCUGCUGAGCGGAUGGCGCAGCACGCCGCACACGCCGCACGCGCCCGCCACUCCUGCGCCGCACCACUCACACAACCACCUCGCACCAUCCCACUGCAACGGCACUGAUAGUGGCAGUCGAGCCCUCCGCCGUCGAUCGACGUACGCGAGCGGCCGGCUGCGCUCCGGGCCACACUGGUCCUUUGUCUUCGACCCCGCCGGUCGCCUUUGCUACUACUGGUCCAUGGUCGUCUCCCUAGCCUUCCUUUAUAACCUUUGGGUUAUCGUUUAUAGGUUCGCCUUUUCAGAAAUUAAUGGCGAGACGUUAAUAGUAUGGUUCUGCCUAGAUUACUUCUCGGAUUUCCUCUACCUGGCCGACAUCCUCUUCCACUUCAGAACAGGCUACCUCGAGGACGGCGUGCUCCAAACAGACGCGGCGAAACUCAGAGCACACUACAUGAACUCCACCACUUUCUACAUAGACUGCCUCUGCCUCCUACCGCUGGACUUUCUAUACCUCUCUAUAGGAUUCAACUCCAUCCUGCGCUCGUUUCGCCUCGUCAAAAUCUAUCGCUUCUGGGCUUUCAUGGACCGCACGGAGCGACACACGAACUAUCCAAACUUGUUUAGAUCGACCAGUUUAAUUCAUUAUUUACUAGUGAUAUUUCAUUGGAACGGGUGCUUGUACCAUAUAAUAUAUAAAAACAAUGGGUUCGGUAGUAAGAAUUGGGUGUAUCAUGACACUGAGACUGCGGAUGUAGUGAAACAGUAUUUGCAGAGUUACUAUUGGUGCACGUUGGCGCUCACGACCAUAGGUGACCUGCCGCGGCCGCGCAGUAAAGGGGAGUACGUGUUUGUGAUUGCGCAGCUUCUGUUUGGGCUGCUCAUGUUCGCGACCGUGCUCGGCCACGUCGCCAAUAUCGUUACCUCAGUCAGCACGGCCAGGAAAGAAUUCCAAGCUAAGCUGGACGGAGUGAAGACUUACAUGCGUAUGCGACGGGUUCCGAACCACUUGCAAGUUAAGGUGAUCAAGUGGUUUGAUUACCUGUGGCUCACGCAGAAGUGCUCCGAUGAGGAGAAGGCGGUCUCCUGUCUACCUGACAAGCUGAAAGCUGAGAUUGCUAUCAAUGUACAUCUAGACACGCUAAAAAGGGUGGAAAUCUUUCAAAAUACCGAGGCGGGAUUUCUUUGCGAGUUGGUGUUGCGGCUGAGACCAGUAUUAUUUUCGCCCGGGGACUACAUUUGUAGGAAGGGUGAAGUCGGGAAGGAGAUGUACAUAGUAAAUCGCGGGAAACUACAGGUGGUAGGCGACAACGGGAAGACUGUGUUAGCCACACUCAAGGCGGGUUCUUAUUUUGGAGAAAUUUCCAUUCUGAACAUGGGCACGGCAGGUAAACAACUUGAAGUAGAGCUACACGGAAACCGGCGGACAGCAUCGGUGCGGUCCGUCGGGUACUCGGAUCUGUUCGUGCUGAGCAAGAAGGACAUGUGGGACGUGCUGAAGGAGUACCCCGCGGCCAGGGUCCGCCUGGAAGCCAUCGCCGUCAAAAGACUCGAGAAAUAUAAAAAAGCGCCGCUUGAGAAAGUGGCCAUGGGUCGCUGCCAGUCGACGCCCGGGCUCGUGGAGACGAGCGGGCGCAUACCUAUAGAGGACAUGCAGCUCCAACCAGCGUCGGUCAUUCCGAUGCACCCCUCACACCCGCCUUCCUACCGGGACCAGCUUUAUAGUUCGUCAGUAAGCCCUCUUCGUGUAGCAUCUCCAGUAGCGUCUCUCGCGUCGAGCGCGCGCAGCAGCGCGGCCGGCGGCGGCAGUAUAGCGGCCGUUAGCAUUCCCCCGCGUGUGAUGCUCGAAUCGCACGACGCCUUGGAGUGCGAGAUCAAGCGGCUGCGUGAGCGCCUGUACACGGUGGAAACCGAGAACGCCGCCAUGUCAGCCAAGCUGAGCCAGCAGCAAUGGGAGGUCGACCAGAGGCUGCAAGAGAUAGAGAUGCAGAUCUGCGGCGGCAGCUCGGUCAGCUCGCAGGAGGAUAACGAGCGGAACCGCGAGAGCAUCAUUUAACGGCGCGCCUCGCCCCCGCAGCCUCCCGCCGCGCGCCACCUCGCGCUGCCCUGCGCCAUCCUGCGCUGCCCUCCCCCCACCGUCUACUGAACCCUCAGCACCCUAGUGCUAUCUUACUCUAGUGACGUGUGAACCAAUGUACGAUCUGACAUGUGUUUUUACGUGGAAUAUUAUUAUGGUAUAUUAAUACGAAUUAACUUUAUCAAAUUUAUAUAUACGUAGUAUAUACGACUCGCUAGUAUUUGACGAGUGCCGUGGAGUGAGAUUUUGCCGAGACAAUAUUAUCUUAAAUUUAAUCGUUUAGAUACAUCGAGGCGUGUGAUGUGGAGUGAGUGAGAGCUUGGCGGGAGUGUCGCUCAGCGUUCAGUUCGCCCGCGGGCCGUUUGGUUCUUAGCGACUGUAUGUUGUAUACCUCGUGUCUAUGUUACUAUUUUUUGUGAAUAAGACAAGUUUAUGCGGGAUUCGAGCUCAUGUUUAUUUUUAAAGUUCACCUGUUUUGCCAAUUUCCUGUCCGUUCCUGUUUAUUCUCAUGUUUGUGUACAAACGUUAUUUGUCCUUUAUCUUAUAAUAACAAUCUAAAACUAUGUGCCAAGUACGUGGUUAAUAUGAAUGUGUUAUGGUAUAAGAUUUUUGUGUUAACUGAUAAUAAAGAAGUGGAUAUAUCCUUAUCCAUAAAAUUUGAGCUUUAAUUAUAAUAAAAUCCCGGAAGACUUGAUCACAUUUUGAUAUUACGUUAUAAUUUUCUUCAGUUAAUACACUAUAAAACAGUUUAGAGAUAGUUCUUUCUUCGUCAAUAAAUUUGGUAUAUUAUAAUCUAUGUAUAUUCGAGAAAUUCCGAAGCAGUUAUGCCCGAUGUAAUAAAAUAAAUCGACCAUAGUAUGUUGUAAUUUGUUAAAUGAAAUGAAUUAUUAUUACCUAUGUAUUAAGAGUAGUUUAAACUGCGUUGUCAGUUUUGGUAAUUUAAAAUCACUACUGCCAAAUAAGAUUUAAGUAAGUAACAAAAUGUUUUGAUGUAAGGAUACCCAAGUAACAAAACAAUCUUUUGUACUUUAUAUCCUUUCCUAAUGAUUAUUUACGAGUUGCGUACUGUUCAUGUGUCUACAUAAGUGAAUUUUAUUGUUAAAGCUUGGAAUCUAAUUUCAUUAGACCUCGUUUCGUGCUCACGAUUAUUCAAGACAAAGUCAAAAGUACCAAAACGUGAAUAAAAGUAAGUUUAACUCAGUGUUAAGUAAAUUGUAAAUACUUAUUCUAAUAUCUACGGUACGUGUUUAUAAGCUGUUUUCAUGAUACGACAUUGUGUUGACGCCACGACUUGGGAGAAUGCGAAGCUAUGUGUAGUCGGACUUAUUUUAAAAUAAAACUAAGUAUAUAUCGUUCUCUUGUUAUGUUAAAUUAUAGUGAAUCGAUUUUGAGCGUGUAAGGGCAUUGAGUUUUCUGAGUGGCAAGUUAUGUAUAUUAGAAGAUGAAUACCUAUGUAUUGCUGAACGAUCAUGCAUUGAUUGAAAAUUGGAACUGUUAUGGUUUCUUUUUAAAUUGAGCGAUAAAAAAAUUCGUAAUUUCAAUUCAUUUUUCAUUAAAGUUUCAAUAGUAUUUUUAAGUCACUUUUAAAAGUGUCAGUGUAGCCAGCGAUGUCGCGACAGAGCGUAGACUCCGCCGUUUGCGAUGACGUCAUUAUUGCCGCUGUGCUCGAAUAACUUUGUAUACAUUUGCAUAAUACAAUCAAAAUGCAUAAUCUGUCUCUCAGUCACUCGUUUCGAAAGCCCACUUUUAUGUACCUACGCUCUUAAUCGAUACUCUGUUUUCGCGCUAUAGUUGGCAAAAAUCGUCACGUUUAAUGCUAAUGUUCCAUAGUAAUUCGGUUCCUCUAAGAAUCAGUUUGCAUAUUUCAUCUCCUAACGCCCGAAAUAAUAGAUAGGCGAUAAAAUUUUUAACUGUAAAUAAAAUAUUUAUUUAUUGUUAUAUAUUCCAUAAAUUUUUCUUCUUACAUAUUUCUCGAUUAUAAAAUGGUAAGAGAGAUGCAUUAUGCAAUUAUAUUAACGAAAUGCAAGUGCUUUUUAUCAUACUAUAUAGGACAAUGCCGGAAGUUAUGUAGGGCGGGCUGUGGGUACUCAAGAAUUGUAAAAGAUUCGAUAAAAUUUAAAUAAAAAAAGUCUUAUUUAUUUACACUUUGUGCCCGCUAACAAUACAGUCAACCAGUCCUGAAUGUGUAACAAUAGAACGGGAUUACUUUAGGAAUGGAUCAAUUUCGAAUUUAGAACAAUUUAUAUCGGCGCUAAUGGACGCUAUAACAGCUUUCGCGCAUUUAACCGCACCCGUUUUGCCAGGCACGGAUUAAAGUUUUAGAGGUCCAUCUAACAUGUUGAAAAUGUUUAAACUGACAUUAUCUUAUUUUUCUUAAAUAUAUUAUAAAUAUCAUCAUAUUUUUUACAACAUACCUAUAUGUUAUAAUUAUGUGUAUAUCUAUGAAAAAGAAACAUUACAUUUUAUCAUUUUAUUUGUGCAUUGCCCUAUCCAUUAUUAUUACGAGUUAUUUUUCAUUUAAUACAUUAAAAUCUUCGACUUCGAAAACAGUAUAUUCGUAUGUACACUGUACACAGAGUAAGCUUAUUCUAUUUUAGGAUGACAAAACAUUAUAUAUUUUAUUGUAUGAUUUGACUAUAGCAUUUGAUUCAGCUCUACCCUAGGCCCACCCGAACAUAUGAAAGCAACCUAUUCCUUUUGUAUAAAUAUACACAUUAAUUUAUAAAUAUAUCAAACGUUUCAACGAAAGGUGAGGUUGGAUCGUGGUUGGUUAGUGUCAGUACCCGGCUUGUGCAUCUUAAAUUGGAGAUUCAAUUAUGUAUCGCACACGAUUCAUUUCAUUGUUAAUAAAAAGAUUAUAAUAA